ACCGGACAUACACCUUCUCUUUGUGCUGAGCUACAACUCGAGCAUCACUGUGUCGGUACUUACCUAACCUGGAUUCCUUGGUAACUUCUUGCUGUACCGCACAAGUCUCGAGUCACGACCACUUCAAGCUCUACUGCAAUCUCUCACACCCAUCUCAACCAUAUUCUGUCCCUUGCAAGAAGCAGUCACCUCAGAAGAUACGACUGAUUUCUCUAACCUAACAGCGUGACUUGCUGACAGCUCAACUACUUCAUCAACCAACCUGACUUGGGCAACGGCCACGAUGAAGCUUAUCACAGUAGCAACUUGCAGUCUCAAUCAAUGGGCACUCGAUUUCAUUGGGAACAAGAACCGGAUCGUCGAAUCGAUUCACAUCGCAAAAUCAAAAGGCGCGACUCUGAGAGUCGGGCCAGAACUGGAGUUGAGUGGUUAUGGGUGCCUCGAUCACUUUCUCGAGAUGGAGACCAUUAAUAACUCAUGGGCAAUGUUGGCGGAGAUACUGUUGGAUGAGUCCUGCCACGGUAUACUGAUCGAUAUCGGCAUGCCUCUUUUACAUCGAGGGAACCGCUAUAACGCUCGGGUCAUUGCUCUCAAUGGAAAAAUACUACUUAUGAGGCCGAAGAUUUGGUUAGCCAAUUCUGGUAACUAUCGAGAGAUGCGAUAUUUUAUACCAUGGUCCAGACCUCAUCACGUCGAAGAGUAUGAACUGAGAGAACUACCCGAAGCUUGCAUAAAGCUACAGGGCUCUACGACAGUCCCCAUUGGAGACGGCAUCAUCUCUGCUCUUGACUGCACUAUCGGUGCCGAAACUUGCGAGGAGUUGUUCACUCCUCAGAGUCCUCAUCUCAGCAUGUCUCUUGCUGGAACGGAGAUCAUCUGCAACAGCUCUGGGAGCCACCAUGAAUUGCGGAAGCUUGAUACCAGAAUAUCCUUGAUCCAGGAAGCCACACGGAAAUGCGGGGGGAUCUACUUAUACGCGAACCAACAGGGAUGUGACGGCGACCGGCUGUAUUAUGAUGGAUGCGCCAUGAUUCUUGUGAACGGAAAUAUUGUUGCGCAAGGUUCACAGUUUUCUCUCCAGGAUGUAGAGGUUGUGACUGCAACUGUUGACUUGGAAGAAGUCUGGGCCUAUCGGUGUGCCCCUAGCCGUGGUUCGCAAGUUGCUGUCACGCCUGAAUAUCAGCGCUUCAAAGCAGAUUUCAGACUCGGCAACCCAAGCGAUGAUUUCGACCCAAGCAUUGUUCCCAGCCAGAGCCGGCCUUUGAAGAUCCACGUCCCGGAAGAGGAAAUUGCCCUUGGUCCGGCUUGCUGGCUUUGGGAUUAUCUCCGCAGAUCAGGCGCUGCAGGUUUCCUUAUUCCGCUCUCCGGAGGUCUGGACUCUUGCUCUACAGCAACUCUAGUGUACAGCAUGUGCCGUGAAGUUUGCAAAGCCAUAUCCCAAGAUAAUAAACAGGUCAUUGCAGAUGUCCAGAGAAUCGCAGGUCCCUACCACGAGCAGGGCUGGUUGCCAAAAGAUGCGCAAGAGCUCGCCAACUCCCUGUUCUCCAGUGUUUACCUUGGCAUGAAAGAACAGAGCAGCUUCGAAACACGUGAUAGGGCUCAACGGCUCAGCCAAGCCAUUGGCAGUCAUCAUCUUGACCUUGAUAUCGACAAUGCGUUUCACUCGGUCACAGGAAUUGUCACUAAAGCCACGAAUUUCGAGCCUUCAUUCGAUGGCUCAGCAACGGAGGAUCUUGCGCUUCAGAACAUACAAGCUAGGUUGAGACUUGUCCAUGCGUACACAUUUGCACAGCUGAUACCGACGAUCCGACAACGACCUGGCGGUGGCGGUCUCCUUGUUCUUGGAUCGGGCAAUGUGGACGAGUGCCUCCGCGGCUAUUUGACCAAAUACGAUUGCUCGUCAGCCGACAUAAACCCUAUUGGAUCGAUCAGCAAAGUCGACUUGAAAAGAUUCCUCCGCUGGUCGCAAACAAAAUUCGACCUUGAGAUUUUGGGAGAAUUCCUCGACGCGACACCAACCGCAGAGCUCCGUCCCAUCAAGGAGGACUACUCCCAGAGCGACGAAGCAGACAUGGGCAUGACCUACGCCGAACUAAGCGUAUUCGGCAGGCUUCGCAAAGAAGAGAAACUGGGCCCGUACGGCAUGUGGUCAAGGCUCUGUCACGUGUGGAAAGACUCCCUCUCACCCCGAGAUGUGGCAGUCAAGGUCAAGAGAUUUCACCAUUUCUACGCUAUCAACAGACACAAGAUGACUACGAUGACUCCGGCGUACCACGCGGAAGCUUACUCGCCAGAUGAUAAUCGGUUCGACUUGCGCCCCUUUUUGUACCCUCCGUUCUACCAGUCCUGGAGCUUCAAGAAGAUCGAUGAGGCGGUUGACAAGAUCGAGCAGAAGGCGAAGAAGUGAGGUGGCUGGGGAUGAUGCGGGUUGGUCGGGUACUUUGGAGCCGCAGGAAUCGUACCGUUCCAAGCGAUGAUGAUGACGGGGCUCGAGACACCAAACUCCAGACUUGGUGCGCUCACGAACAGAUUUUCGAGACCCACUGCAAAUUCGAAUCUUUCGCACACGGGACCUGGCUUUGUUUGGUCUCGUCCCAUGUAUCCGCACAUCCCCCCUUUUUCAUGCUCAUAUUCACAGAACAACACAGAAGACCUGAAAA